CUGUUGACAAUAAUGUGUACUACAGCAGGCUUGUCGCUCCCGAGUGUUCCCAUUGCGGGUUGCACACACGAGUCGUUUCUCUGUUGCUAGAACCGGAGCUGAAGAGGUUCAUUCAGUUGGUGUUUCGUGUUCUGUGUAAGCAGAACGCGCGUUCGGUUUUGUUUGAAAAAGGACACACUCUUAUCUUUCAAGAUGUCGUAUAUGCUUCCUCAUCUACAUAAUGGCUGGCAGGUGGACCAAGCAAUUCUAUCAGAAGAGGACAGAGUAGUGGUGAUUCGAUUUGGCCAUGAUUGGGAUCCUACCUGCAUGAAAAUGGAUGAGGUGUUGUAUAAUAUUGCAGAGAAGGUGAAAAACUUUGCAGUUAUUUAUUUGGUGGAUAUAACUGAGGUGCCCGACUUUAACAAGAUGUAUGAAUUGUAUGACCCUUGUACAGUAAUGUUUUUCUUUAGGAACAAACAUAUCAUGAUUGAUUUGGGCACUGGAAACAACAACAAAAUUAACUGGCCAAUGGAGGACAACCAAGAGAUGAUCGAUAUUGUCGAGACAGUUUACAGAGGGGCACGCAAAGGCCGAGGUCUUGUAGUGUCACCCAAGGAUUACUCGACUAAAUACAGAUACUGAAUCUCUGAGCCAUCUUUGUUUAGCAGGACCUUUUUUUUUUUGUGUUUUAAUAUUUAAGACUACAAGCCACUGUGACUUUUUUGUACAGAAAAAAAAAACACUUACUUUGGAGAAUCUCGGAUCAGCAGAGCUUUCUUCCCAUUUGUUUUUGGUUUACAAUUAACAUUUGCCCUUUCAAAGCUGCUUGAUUCUGCAUAGGUACAUUUGUAUCCUUCAUUGGUGGAUUUUGGACUAAAUGAGCCUAUCUGUAAUUGUGAAUGAAAUUUUGUUUUAUUCAUUUGUUAGCACCCUGAUCCAUAUGUGCACUUGCAUAUUGAACUUUGCUACUCGUAGAAAUUUUUUUUUUUUGAUUAUGGAUUGCUACCCUAAAACUACUGAAAGUAAAAUGUUGAAUUAAGCAUAGUUUUAUACUCAUCCAUAGAAUUCUUUAUGUAAAACCAGGAGCUUUUUUUGACAUUGUGAUGUAUUAGUGGUCACAUUUAUACCCUUGGAAGGCAAUUUUGUAAUUAGGAAUUCAAAAUCAAGUUGCCAAUUCAACUGGCAAGAAUUCACUUUUUUUGUGUAUAAAAUACAUUUCUUUUACAAAUUUUCAAUUAAAAAUAUUUAAACUUUUA